AUGGGCAAACUACACUUCUCAGACGUCACGUUUGGCGAGGCCACCGCGGAGCAGCGGAUGCGGACCUGGCAGGACAAUGGCGCGGUGUGGGCCGGACCCCUCACGCUGGAGGAUUACAUAGCCCGCGAAGCCACGCUAGCCGAGACUCCGCAAUGCCGCGACGGAAAUUGCCGGUACUGGGUGCUGGCCCGCCGCGACGACCCGUUGGAAAUCAUAUCGAGCUGCGAGACGCCGCGCAAGAAGAUUUUUGUGCGCCAGCGGUGGACGGGCGGCCACGUGAGCGAGGAGGACGCCUACGCCGUCGCCAGCGUGCACACGCACCCCAAAUACCGGGCGCGGGGCAUGGCCGCGUACCUGCUGGGCGAGGUGGUCAAGUUCCUCGACGACAAGGUGCGGUGGAGCUUCCUGUACAGCGAUAUCGGGCGGCAGUACUACGCCAGCAUGGGCUGGAACGUGUUUCGGGCGGAGCAGAUGACCAUGACCAUCCUCGAGCCGGGCUUCGUCGUGCCCGACGGCCGCAUCGCCGCCAUGCCCGAGGACGGCAAGACGCACGUGGCGAUUGUGCCCACGCAGGAGCAGCUGGCGUGGCAGCACGCGAGCGCCGGGUUUUCGGCGACGCACAUCACCGGCCGGGCGAUUGAGAACAUUGGCGCCAUCAGCCCCGGCGGCGAUAGCUGGGUGCUGUGGUAUCACGAUUUCCGGGAGAAGCAGCUCAAGAUCCAGCGCGCGGCGCUCGUGGAGGCGGCGGCGUGGGGGUUCAAGGAGGUGCUCGUGUGGGGACCCGGGGACGCCGUCACGCUCGGGGCCAAGGCGCUGGCGAACGGGUCGAGGGGCUACGUGAAGCUGGUGUGGAAUGACCGGCUGGAACAUAGCUUGCCGAGUCUACGGUGGAGGGAGGACGACACCGACAGCGAAGAUGACGAGCUCCAGAUGAACGCGAGGAACAGCCGGGAGUUGCGCGCCCACGACCGAAUCAUGCUGAUGGAAGAGGAAGAGGUCGAGAACCUCGUGACCAAGACCCGGAAAUCCAAAGCGCCAGCGGACACGGGCUCAACUUUUCUGAACCCCUUCUCCCUCUUUGGCCGCAACAACCGCGUCCACGACGAAUCCGCCAACACGUCGACCGAAGACUUGUCGGAAAAGAAGAGGAUCCGUCGGUCGCGCAGGCGGGAGAAGCGGGAGCGGCUCAAGGAGCAGGCCGAGCACGGCGAGGAUGGCGAGCUCAUGUACGAGAUGGAGGAGGGCGGCAUGAAGGACGGCAGCUCCACGGGCGAGAGUAGCGAGGAUAGCGAGGAGAUGGACCAGAACCGUCUCAACGUCAUCACAAAGGCCAAGGCUGAUCGGAAGCGCAGUCGCCGACGCUGGAUCCUGAUCCACACCAUUAUCGUUGCCGUCUUCGCUGUCUUCGUCCUCGUGGCCUGGAAGCUCACGGCCGACCGGAAACGUAUGGCCGUCGCCUCGCAGGUGUUUAGCAACGGCACGGCUCUUUUCGGCCCCACGACAGUCAUCAUUAGCCUCGAUGGGUUUCGUCCAGAUUUCCUCCAGAGGGGCCUCACGCCGCGAUUGAACGCCUUCAUAAGGGAAGGCGUAUCGCCAAAAUACAUGCUUCCCUCUUUCCCCUCGGUUACUUUUCCCAAUCACUAUACCCUUGCAACUGGCCUCUACCCGGAGAGUCACGGCAUCGUUGGCAACACCUUCUUCGACCCCACCCUCAACGGAGAUUUCUUCUACACCGACCCGACCCGCAGCCUCGACCCCAAGUGGUGGAUGGGCGAGCCGUUCUGGGUCACUGCGGAGAAACAAGGCGUGCGAGCGGCUAUUCACAUGUGGCCCGGAAGCGAAGCCCAUAUCAUGAACACUGAGCCAAGCUUCUUGGAUGAAUACAACGGCAAGGAACCCCUUGAGAAGAAGGUGGAUCGACUCUUUGAAUUCCUCGACUUGCCAGGAAGGGAAAACAAGGAUGUCCAACUCCAGGAUACGCGACCCCAACUUAUCGCCAUGUAUGUCCCCAACGUCGACAGCGAUGGACAUACCUACGGCCCCAAUAGCACGGAAAUCAACAAAACAAUCAACCAGGUCGAUACCAUGAUGGAUAAUAUCUUCCAUGGCCUCGAGCAGCGCAACCUCACCAACAUCGUCAACAUUAUCGUUGUCUCGGACCAUGGCAUGGCCACGACGGACGUUACCCGUCUCACGCAACUUGACGACAUUGUGGACCUGGACAAGGUUUCCCAUAUCGAUGGUUGGCCCCUCGUGGGUCUGCGUCCCAAGGAUCCAGAGGAUCUACAGUCGCUCUACGACCAGGCCAUGAAUAAUACGAGGGAUAACCCCAACAUCGAAGUCUACCUUCGCGAUGUCGACAUGCCUGAGCGCUACCACUUCUCCAAGAACGAACGUAUCGCGCCCCUCUGGCUUAUUCCCAAGGCUGGUUGGGGGUAG